AUGACAAGGUGGUGCGCCUCGACCGCCGUGACCACCAGCAAUUUCGGCCUGGCAAUGGCCGCGGACGCCGGCGGGCAGUGUGCAGCCAUGCCCAUCAAGGCCGAGGACCUCCGAUGCGGCUCGGCGAACGGCUUCCAGUGCCCGGGCUUGUACAACCCCCAGGACAUCGUGGACUUCAGUAGCCUGCCGCAGCCGAAAGAGCUGCCGCGCGUGCGCAAGGCGGCACACCUCCUGGACGCCGCCUACGUGGGCAAGUUUGAGGAGGCCGUCCGGAGGAUGAAGGCGCUGCCCCACGACGAUCCGCGCAGCUUCGAGCGGCAGGCGGACAUCCACGAGGCCUACUGCGCCAACCACUACAAGGUGGUGCCGGCGGGCGGUGGCCCAGAGACCGUGUUCGACGUGCACCACUCGUCCAUCUUCGCUCCCUGGCACCGGAUGUACCUCUAUUUCUUCGAGGGUAUCCUCGGCGACCUCAUUGGCGACCCCACCUUCGGCCUGCCCUACUGGAACUGGGACACGCCGGAGGGGAUGAUGAUGCCGUCCAUAUUCGCCAACGAGAGCUCGCCCCUGUACGACGCCAAGCGCAACCCCAGGCGCGUCCGCGCCGUCAUCGAUCUCAACCUGUCGCCAGGAUCGAAAGAUGGUCUUCCUACAUGCACCGACGACCAUGUUUGCCUCAUAGACAAUAAUCUCUACACCUUAUACCGUCAGAUGAUCGUGGAGACACCGAAGCAAUUCUAUGGCGGGAAGUUCUACAACGUCGAGCUAGACGAUGAAGGGAAGCAAAAUCACAAGAUCACGGGAUCCCUUGAGAAUGGAGCGCACAACUCUGCGCACAUUUGGCUAGGAGACCCAUGCCAGAAGAAUCAAGAUAUGGGAGACCUCAGCACCGCGGCACGUGACCCCAUCUUCUACUCCAACCACUCCAAUGUAGACCGCAUGUGGCACAUAUACAUCACCAAGCUUGGUGGGGGCUUCCUCCCCUACAAGGAGUGGCUUGACACUAGUUUCGUCUUCUACGAUGCGCAGAAGCGGCCCGUGCGCAUCACCGUCAGUGAUGUCCUUGAUGUUGGAAAGCUUGGGUACAUGUUUGAGGAGAGCGGCAAGCUGCCAUGGAUAGGCAAGCGGCCGAAGCCUGCAGCCAACAUCCAGCGCCAUCACGGCCUAAAGGGCACCCAGACCAACAGCUCAUACCCCAUGACGUUGAAGAAAGGGGAGCCGCAGUACCUGAGGUUGGAGAGGCUGGAGAAAUCCCGGGCCGGUGGCGGCAGUAGCAAGAAGGCACCGGAGGCACUGGUGGUGGAUGUCACCAUAGACCCCUGCAAGUACGUCAAGUUUGAUGUGCUAGUGAACGUGCCCAAGGGGCAAGAGAAGAAGGUGGGGCCGCAGAACAGCGAGUUCGCUGGGAGCUUCACGCAAGUGCCACACGGCGGCGGCCUAGAGAUGAAGACACGGAUGGUGUCGUACCAAUUCGCACUGAGGGAGCUAUUGGAGGACCUCAAGUGCGGCAAGGACAACCAGCUGGACAUCACGCUUGUCCUAGUCGAAGGCGACAAGGUUCUCAUCGAUGACGCCCGCAUCGAGGUCCUAUAG